AUGACCCAGCCAUCCGCUGACUACUUCUCUUCUUCUGGCCCUUACAACUAUGACCAACCCCUUCCUCCCUUGGCUCGGACGAAUGCUGUCACCCAGGUGCCUCCGGCCAAGAAGAUAACCUUCUACAAGAGCGGGGACCCUCAGUUUGGAGGAGUCAAGAUGGCCAUCAACCAACGCAGCUUCAAGAGUUUCAAUGCCCUCAUGGAUGACCUGUCUCACAGGGUGCCUCUGCCUUUUGGUGUGCGGACCAUCACAACACCACGGGGGAUACACUGUAUCAGCACCCUUGAUCAGCUGGAAGAUGGUGGCUGCUACCUCUGUUCAGACAAGAAAUACGUCACACCAAUCAGUAUUGGGGCUGCCAACCGAAGGACAGGUUCUCAGAAGACCGGCCAACCAGUUAGCACUUUGAGGAGGGCAGCCCAGGAUGGGAAGCAUGAUGACUACUCAGCAGGUUUCAUCCAACAGAGCCCAAGGAUACCAAAGAAGGUCACUCUGGUUAAGAAUGGAGAUAUUACUAUCCAACGGCCCAUUGUUCUCAACCGGAGGAAUGCCCGGAGCCUCAAAACUCUCCUGGAUGAGAUUUCAGAGGUUAUGAAGUUCACAGUGAAGAAGUUGUUCACAUUGGAUGGGAGAAAGAUUGACAGCAUGCAAGCUGUGUUACAUUGUCCCAACGUGCUGGUCUGUGUCGGCCGGGAGCCCUUCAAACCAAUGGUGAAGGAGAACCCCAGGAAACACUCUUCAGAGAAAUUGCCUGGCCUGGCUUCCCGAUCCAGCAGCAACAACAAUGGUGAAAACCAAGAAAUGAACUUCGGACUGGAAACCAAAAAGAGUGUGAUGCACCCACGGUCAUCUCUGAGCAAUCGGUCUGCAAGGUUUUCCUUGUCAUCAGAAAAAUCCUCCACAAAUGGCCUAACAACGUCCUCGGAGAAUGGCGGUCCAUUUCCACGCAACUGUCCACAUUCUAAAGCUGGGGAGUUGGCCCAUUCCUUAGUCAAUGAUGACAUAGAGAAGAAGGUGCAUGUGAAUAAGGAUGGCAGCUUGUCUGUUGAGAUGAAAGUCCGCUUCCGUCUGCUCAAUGAUGAGACUCUCCAGUGGUCUACGCAGAUCAAGAAGUCCAGCCUGAUGAAUAAAAUACCCUGUGAAGAACUGAGCAUCAACCAUGACAAUGGACUGGAAUCAACAGAGAACCCUGAGGUUAGCUCAGAGCUGGAUGACUCUUUCUAUCCUUGUGACGCUGACUCUUACAUGUCCAAUCUUGAUGAGUCUGAGAAUGAUGAGGCUCGUUGCCACAAAUGUGGCAAGCUGUGCAAAGACUAUGACAUUUGGAAGAAUCCCAUGCACACUUCUCAGAAAGAAGAGCAGGGGGUGAAGAGCACAUGGUACACCCAUUCUUCAUGCUCAAGCACUUCAUCUCACCGGAGGGUCAUCCGUAAAAAGGUAGCCUCCGUUGACAGCAUCCAUACCUCAUCCAGCGGAGAGGAAUAUUCUAAACAUGUGGUGCGAGAGUCUUCUCAUUAUUCAGAAACUGUAGAGAAUAUGGUGGAGUACCAUUCGGUCAAAAACUGCUGCUGUCAACAUGGUUGCAACCAGACCAACACAAACCAAAGGGGGUCUCCUGAGGAAAUGGAUGCCAUAGCCAACUCAGCCCAUUCACAAAACGAAGAGGAAACCAGCGUGGAGGGAGGAGGAGAUGAAGGCAAAGAUAGCCGACCUGGGAGCAGCAAAUCGAAAUCCUCUCAACAAUCAGCAGAAAGCCAGAUAAGAGUGUGUGAGGUGACCAGCAGUUUGGCCAGAACAUUUUCGUCUAGUAGCAUCAAGGAAAGAGGAGAGGUGGAAGAUGUUGCCAGCUCCUCCCCCACUCCAAACAGUGUCUACAGCAAAUCCGGCAAGGGCAGCCUACUUGAUGGUGCAAAGGAGAAUGCUGAUGAGGUUUCUGAAAAUGAUCAAGUGAUUUCUUCUUUCUCCACAGAUUCAUGCCCUAAAAAAGAUGCUGCAGAGGAAGAAGCUGAAAAGGAGGAUGAAGAGAUCAAUGAAAUCUAUUCCGUUUCAGAAAAUCCAGGAUCCAGUCCAUCUGUCAAAGAUGAAGUCAGUGACUGCGGAGGAUGCUCUACAGCAAGGUCAUUUGGGUCAGACUCUUGUGCUGGAAACAACCCGAGGAGUGACAGUGAUGAAAUACACCUGUGUAGCGCUGCUUCGGCUUCCUCCAGAAAGAGCAAGCGCAGCCAAAAUCACCUGGAGGUAGCAUCCAACAGGUCUGUUGGAUCAUCUAGAGGGUCCACCUCCAGUAAGACAAAAAAGAAGAAGUCAAAAAGUUCUUUCCCUGCAGAAGAUGCAAGCUCCAGCAGCAGGGCUUCAUAUUAUUCCAGAAGCUCAUAUGAAGCAGAGAAAAGAGAUUCAAAAGCUCACACAUCCCAGGAUUCAAGUUCUCCUCACUCACAUAUGUCAUCUUUAAGUGAGGGGGCAGCUCCUCCAGCUUACAAUGAGGAGAGCACCAGCAGUACUUCUAAGUGCUACAGCAAGUCAUCCCAAAACAGCCAGAGGGAGAACCAGGCAGAUAACUCCAGCAAGAUAUCGUCCCUUUGUUCCAGCUUCUCAGACAGCAAUGGGAAAAAUGGAGUUGGAAUUCCCAAAGUUAGUUCUCCAGAGAAAUCGUCAAGGCUGGGAAGUAUGUCGGAAUCCACCUGCUCCAAAUGUGGCCAUGUAACGAAAACCUGUCAUGAUGAUCUUCGGAGCGCUAGUUCAAGGGUUUCUUCAUAUUCUGAAGGUAGGAGCGGAUAUGCAGAGACUGAGGCUUCAGGGAGAAGCGAUGAUGCUUGCUCACAGUCGAGUGUGGCCCUGUCUUCCAAGCCAAGACGAAAGAAAAACAGCAGCCUUUAUGGUGAUAUGGAGCGCGCUAGCCAAGUUUCAGCCUCUGAGUCUGCAUCCAUGUACAGUUUGCGCUGUCCUGCCCCUCCAAAAGGGAGGCCCAGUAGCAGAAAAGGUAGGACCAUGCUUCUGAAGAAGAGCUCUCAAGGGACCAGUGCAUGCACAGAAUCAGAAGUAAUUUCAGAUAAGGAGGAGAAAGAAGCAACUGCUUCACAGUCACCUGAGACAGAGGUGGUACAUGAGCCAGAGAAUACAGCUGAACCUUUGAACACAGAGAAAGCGUCAUGCCAGGAGAAGAUCCAAGAAGAGGCAGAAGGUGAUGAUGGAGUCAUUCCUUCUUCUUUGCCAAAUGCCUCUCCAGAAGAAGUUGUGCAUGAAUGGUUGAGGAAGAUUCCUUCAGAGACUCUACUAAUGAAAUGCGAGAUGCAGGAUGACAGGGAUGGUGAAGAUUUAGAUGCAGAAGUACCAGGCUGUUCAAGCAGCCAGGAACUGUUGGAGAUAGAAUCAGAAAGGAAUAAAGAGGACAUCAAGCAAGGUGAAAGCACAGUGAAGGCUGUUGAGGCAGCUGCAGAAGGAGCAGAGGAGGAGGUGGUUGAAGAGCAACCAAAGGAAGAUCUCAAUGCGGAGACAGCUUCUGAAGCUGUGUUAGAAGAGGCAGAAGCUGGAGAAGCAAAGUGCAACCACGCUGUCCUCUCCAGCCAAAACAACCACAAAAAAGAUUUACCUAACACUAUACAGACCUCUGUGCAGAUCAUGAAAGCGCUGCUGGCAUCCAAGCAAGAGCCAAAGAUGGACCGAUCGCAUAGUUUGCCAGAGGUGUCCCCUACAAUGGGGAGAAAACUCAGCAACUCAGCCAAUAUUUUGAUCACUUGCCUUGCCAGCCUUCAACUCCUUGAUGAAGAACUGGACUCAUCAAGCAAAUCAAACAAAUGCCUCAACAGGCCAAGAUAUACAGAGCUAUUGAACAUUUUCCAGGCCCUCUGGUGUGGGUGCACAUCAGAAAGCGGGGACCCAAGUUCCGGUGUGGAGAAGGAAAGCCAGGCAAAAGUGCCCUCUGCUUUCAAAGGGCACUGCUCAAAAGACGGUGACUUCACUCCUAUGUCUUCUUCGGGAGUUGAUGUGAGUAGCGGUGAUGGAGGCUCAAGGGAAGGAAGUGUGGCCGGAGGCCGGGAUCGUGCCUUGUCCCAAGAGAAAACAGAGGAAGCCAAAACCAUUGAGGAAGACGCAGAAAAUACAGAGGUGGAAGCUGAUAAUGAGGACAACCAAGGCGAUGCUUCUCAGCCACCAACAGUACACUCCAAAUCAGAAGGAGGAGAAAAAGUGGAAUCUGCUGGUGGGGAGGAAGCAGCUGAAGCUGAGGAAGACCAAGGCAAUGACUGUGAAACAGGGCAGGGGGUCGAAAAAGAAAUAGCCGAAGAGGAAGAGGUGAAAGAAGACAGCAAGCAAGAAGAUGAAGAUGUAGAAUGUGGAGAAACAGAUGCUACUAUCCAAGUAGAAGCCCAAGAUGAUGGCAUUGUUAAAGAAAUAGAAGACAGUCCUAGUCAAGAGAAUGAUGACAGAGUGACUGAAGAGCCAAGUAACCUUGAAGCAACUGAAGAGCCAAGUAGCCAUGAUGCAACUGAAGAGCCAAGCAAUCUUGAAGCAACUGAAGAACCAAGCAGCCACGAAGCAACUGAAGAACCAAGCAACCUUGAAGCAACUGAAGAGCCAAGCAACCUUGAAGGAGAGGAAGAGCCAAGCAACCUGGAAGCAGAUGAAGAGCCAAGCAACAAUGAAACAAAUGAAGAGGCAAGCAAACUUGAAGCAACUAAAGAGCCAAGCAGCCAUGAAGUAAUUGAAGAACCAAACCACAAUGACCCAUGUACCAAGGAGGCUAAUGACACAGAAGAGCCUGAAACGAAAGGAGCAAAGCAGCUGGUGGCCAUGUCUGACGCUGAUACUCAACCUAGUGAAGCCAUUGUUCCCCACCAACCCUCAGUGAAAGUUUCCCCCAUGAUCCAACAGAGAUCCAUCGACCCUGACCCUGUCUGGGUGCUGAAACUUCUCAAGAAGAUUGAGUUGGAAUUCAUGACUCACUACGUCAGUGCCAUGAAUGAGUUCAAAGUGAAGUGGAACCUGCCAAACACUGAUGAGGUGAACCAGAUGGUUUCUGAGUUGAAGGAAGAAGUGCGUAAGAGAAUAAAAACAAGUAUUGAGAAGGAGUUAAGGAAAAUCAAAAGCCGAGCAGGUAGGAGGAUCCCAAGACCUCCAGAUGAGGAGCUACGCCGCGAAUCUACCUUUCAGGUGGAAAACCGAAGACGCCGUUUGCAAAGCAUACGUAAAAUGUCCCUGUACAGUGGCCGGUCUGCAAACCAGAGUAACCAGCAAGAGACAAGAGAGGUAUCUUAUGAGGUAGAUGAAGAUUUUAUUUUUAGUACCAUUAGAGAUGAUGAUAGUGAGCUACCCAGUGAGGAGGAGUAUUGCCCAUGUGAUGCCUGUAUCAGGAAGAAGAUGGAGGCUAGAGUCAUACGAGGCCCAGUGGUUCCACCAGUUGCAGCCAAUGCACCAGUUGUGAAGGCAUUUGACCUCCAGCAGAUCCUGAAGAUGAAGAAAGGUAGUGUUCCUGAAAAGAUGGCAGAGCAAAGUAUCGCUGAGGAGGGUCUGGAUGAAGAAGCUGGAGAGGAGACUGCUGAACCUGAAGCCAGUCAGGAAACAGAACCUGAUGAGGGAAAAGAGGUGGGUGAGACCAAUGGUAAAGAAGAAGAGCAGGAGAUGAAAGAAGAUGAAGAAGAAGCUCUCCCAGAAGGAGAGGAAAAAUGGAAGAAGGGUCUGUGA